AUGGCCGUGACUGCCAGCCAACGCGAGUCGGAAACCGUGGCCUGGGCGCCAUGGCCUCCGUACCAAAAUCACAACUCUGGAUAUGCCGUGAUGAACCACUGUGGUCUGAUGCAGUACAACUCGCAGCCAGUUGCCACGCUUCCCCCUCCACGACCGGCAUUGGCGGGAAAUUUCGGCAUGGAGCAGCACUAUGCCAUGUCACCAGUGAUGGUGAUGCAUCCGUCACAUUACCCUUCCCAACCCCCUUUCGGUUACAACAGCUACACGGCUCCACCAUCGGCCUUGACUGCCCUACCCUAUAGGCAACACCAAGAGGAGCAUCUGCUACCCCGCGUGGUCCCGACGGAUGACCUGAACAUACAGAUUGCGUAUCAAGCUGGAACUCGCCAGUCCCGUGCUGAAGAGCAGUCUCGGAGUCCGGUCGUCAAGAACGAGCCGAUGAUACCAGCGCGGCAAUACGGAACCCUGGCUUCGAGCCAGGAAAAGCCUUCGAGGACAGUCGCCCUGAACGAGGCAGCAACCAACACCAAGGAGGCGACGUUCGACACCCCCAUCGACGAGUUGUUGAAGGCAAUACAGCCUGAGGUAGAGGCAACCGAGUCAGCCCCUCCUGGAGCACCUACUAGUCCUCUACAGUCGCACGACGAGGCAAUGCAGGAUUCCAGGUACCACUGUGACCCGAGCCAGGAGAAGUCGGUAGACAGAGGUACAAGGAUGAAGGCGAAGCGCUUCACCUGUCCGAUCAAUAAUUGCCGUAAAAGAUUCGCCCAGAAUUCGCAUCUGGAAACCCACCUGCGCUCUCACGCUGGGCAGAAGCCGUGGAAAUGCCCUUGGCCCGGUUGCAACAAGCUUUCCACCCAGCAUGGGAACCACAAGUCUCACAUGCGACGCCAUACCGGCGAGAGGCCGUUUGCAUGCGAAAUGCCUGGCUGCAAAAAGAAGUUUGUGCAAAAGGGGGGCUUGAUAGCUCACCUGAACACGCACACGAAGGAGAAGCGGUUUUACUGCCACCUAGGCUGCGGCAAGGAUUUCAGCCAACGUGGAAACUUGAAGACACACCAAAACAAGUUCCACCAGAAAGAGGUGCAGGAGUACAUGAGGAUGUACAACGAGUGUAAGAGAACCGGUGUUCCGGUGCCUGAAGCUCAUCGUGAUAAGCUCAAGUACUUCGCCGAGACCUUCAAGAACAGCAACAAGGGCAUCGCGGGACGUGGAAAGGGCAACAAAUACCCCCGCAUCGACACCCCUCCUGUGGUCCGGACUCAGUUCUCUGGGCAGCAGACCUGCCACGUCCAACAGGCCUCGUUCACUCCCCAUCACGGCCUUCUACCCGCGGCGCCGUUCGGUCACUAUGAGAUGCCAGGGACCACCAUGAUGUCACGUCGGCCUUAUGGCUACGAGCACGGCUAUGAGCAGUAUGAUACCGGUAUUGACAUGGACCAAGCCAGCGUCUCCAGCGGUACCAUGACGCCCGUCGGUACUCCGGGACCAUUCUACGAGGAUGCAUUCCAGGACCGGAUGUACUUUCGCUAG